AAAUAAUCUGCGUGGAGUCAACAUUUAUGGCAAGCCACACUUGCCAAAAAUUGUGUUAAGGCUGUAGAUUUCCAGCGAUUUGCCACUGCUGCUCUUACGACCCUUUGGCUUUUAGAAGACCGGAAGACGUAAAAGGUAAUUUUUCUGUCGAGGGUCUUGAUUUCUAAUCUUUUCUAAGCCUCACGAUGUAGUCGUUAUCCCUCUUUUAGAAGUGUUCCUGUCUGCAUUUCAGGAAUUGUAGCUCUUUUGUUAAAAAAAUCAGGGGCAGUAACCAACAACUGUUUCUGUAAAAUAUCUGUUCGGAGAAGCAAAUAUUGCCUACACUUUUCUAUUACUUGAUUGGACAACUAGAAAUUUCUAGAUGAUUCAUGUUCAAUUUUCGAAGCUUAUGUAGUAAAUUCCCUAAGACUUUCUGAAGUUUAAUUUUUCACAUUUCACUGCCCAGGUUAGGUUUCUUUUCGUUCAAAAAAGGAAACCCAAAAUUCUCGGAUUCAGAAAUUAACUAUGUGAUGGAGAGAGGAAUCAGAAAAAUUCUCCCCUUCGUAAUACGUUAAAUUGCACCUAAAAUGUUCAAGACCUUUGUACUAAAAUGUUAUACUUUUCAAAUCCUGUUUACAAAAUGUCUGGCCAUCCAUCGAUCCCAUUUUUGGCCGGACAUUGUCCAUUGACCGGCCGUCAUUUCAAGCCCUGUAUCGGGGUCGACAGAGUUGUCAUUUGCAGUCACGAAGUGUGUGAUAUUCUUGUUGACUUGAGGCUCAACAGCCUGAAUUUCAUCCGAUUACUUCGAGUCGUUAUUACUUCCUCAGUAACGUCUAUACACAAAAAGCAAUCGAGCAUUCAAGACUUCGUGGACAAGCUUUCGAAUACGAUCGAUUGAUUGUAAAAUGUAAAUACUUUGCAGUCUGACUGACUAGAGUUUACGUAUACGUGUAUGCACCUCAUGUUUCACAUAAUUCCCUGGUUUUCACCGUUAAAGUUGAAUUUAGGUGAUUUAAGAUUAUAACAAGUGAAAAAUUUCAAACUGUGCUGUACUUGUUGCUAGAGAAAAAAAGAACAAAUUAAUUUCAGGCAGAGAAAACGUUAACUAUUUGUUAAAUUUUAGCUUAUAAGGUAAUCAUCUUUAUCUAAUUACGUUAAUCAUCCAAGUUUGACCUUUUUUCGCUAUGUUUUCCCAUAAGCGACCACCUCUCGUUAACGACCACUUUUCCGUGCACUAAGGGUGGUCGCUUAUGAGAUAGUUGACUGUAGUUAACUCACUUUUUAAACAUUUUGCAGCCAUGAACAAAACUGGUUUAGCAUUUUCUGGUGGUGGGAUAAGGUCAGCGGCCUUUUGUUCCGGAGUCUUACGACGAUUACUGCAGAAGAAUGUGAAGAUUGACUACCUCAGUUGUGUGUCUGGGGGCGGUUACACAGGUACGGCCUAUCUGGACUGGAAGUGCAGGAAUGGCAAGAAGGACGGCAAAACCUGGCAUCAAGAAUUCUUUAAUCACAUGAGACAGAAUGCUGGUUUUAUAUGCCACUGGUACCAUCCUUUCAAAGGAGUUUUAGAGUGUUUAGCUAUAACCUUGGUUUUAUUAUUUGUGACAAUUCUUGUACCAGCCUUGUUGUGGAUGUCAUUUUCAUAUCCGCUGGCCUAUGUUAUAGACUAUCUAUAUGGACAUAUUCUAAGAAGUUGUUGUGCUCCAUGUAGCGAAGUUGUGCUUCACAAUCCAAACAUAACCAUACAACAAUGCGAAGAAGACCGCGAAUCAUCUGGGGCAUUGUACCACCUUCUGGCUCUGUUUUUGACGCCCACUAGUAUUGCAUGUGCAUCUUUCGUUCUCAAAGGCAUUUCCUCAAAAGGAAAACCUCUCUUCAAUCUUCUUUUUCAUUUUUCGGCGGCGUUUUUUGCGUUGGUGUUCUUCCCGUGGUUCAUAAAGGAAUUUUUUCAUCGACUUCCAACGUGGAUAAAGUUUCUUAUAUUCAUCCCUUUAUUCUGUCUUUGGAUUUCAUUUCCUCCCAUCCGUUCGUCUACUACGCUCAUGACUGCCACAUAUCUGAGCUCGUUUGUAAUUUACUGGAGAGUUUAUAACGAGAGUGCCUUUGGUUUUGAGUACAAACCAGAUACGUUUAAUAUUAUUCUGGCUUUAGCAACGAUAGUGCAUUGGAUCUCCCCAUGGUUGAUCACCAUUCAACAACGGCUUGUUCACAUUUAUAUUAGGUAAGCCUAAAGAUUUGUUACAUUUCUAGCACGACUAAAAUGUUGGGACGUUUGUUACAACUAUUGCGUUUAAGUAACUCUUUGAAAACGUCAACCUUCUAAAACCAAAACAGAAAAAUGUUUUGGAGACGGCUUCCUUGUCUUCCUUACUACGUGCCUUAAAUGUCAUAUUCACACGUAAUCACAAUCCACUUCUUUCCCUCUAUAGACUGCUUGUAAUUUUCUUUGCAAGGUUUUAAGGUUCAUUUUGUUACAAAAAACAUUUAUUAGUGAAUGUUAGCUCCGGUUUUGGACUUGACUAAAUCUAUAUAUCAUCAAGAAAGAAUAUUCUCGAUCUCUUAUUAUUGCUCGAAUGAAACACAAGGCAGAUUGCAAAGCAUAAUCGGGGCAUAAUCUUGUAUGGAAUCCACGUGUUCAUGCACCAUAAUGAUUUUCGUUCAUUGUGGACCUUUGCUUAUAUAAUUGUUAAUUUCUUUUUGUUCAAUGGUAGUCUUUAGUCAUAAUAACCUUCGUGCUGUGAAAACUCUCCGUCCCUUUGUUUUUGGAUUUGAACUAGCUUUUUCUCCACUCGAUGAUGCAGGAACGGUGUGUCUACAUAGUCUACAUUAGGCUACCAAGCGCUUGAAGAGUGCUGUUAAAAAUUAAAGGUCUUUGCCAGUCAUUAAGCAGACUACUAUUUUUUUUAAUGCAGGUGGAUGAUCCAGAAAGCAUUUUUCUAUCCAGAGACAAUUGGUGCAUGUGGAUGCGCUGGAAUCAGCUGGCGAAGUUUUUUCCUUUAUUGUCCUACCUGCUGCCAGCCCAAAAAGAAAGGCAUCAGACACAGCAAAGUGUUGACCUUGGAUGACCUCGAUGAGAUGACACCGCAGUACAUAGGUUGCGUUACAAGCAAUCAGUGGCGACGCUCUACCUCCCCCAGAGAACAAGAUUCUGAACUCCUUACUAUGAGUCCAGUCAAUAUAGAGCGUCUUGACCGUCCCGAGGGUGAGGAGGAACUGCGUGGGAGGCUGACUCCUAUGGAUAUCUACCUAUCCGAUGUCGCUGCCACAUCUGCGGCUGCGCUAAACCAUCAGACGGGAUCGAGGCAUGGUGACGAAUUACCGUUUAAGGAUUUUAAAGUGAUGUUUGGACUGUCGUGCGGCUCAUCCUUCGUGUCAGACCAAAGACAGGAAAAGAAGAGACACUUCUGCAUUCAGGUCAUUUAGUUCCUCCUAAGACAGACAUAAGACCAGGACAAAAAAAAUUAAAAAGGGGAUAUUCCACAAAAGAAAACAAUACAAUGAGAUAAAAUUUUUUUCUGCCCAUAGUCGUAAACCAUUGUCAUCCGUUCAUUAGUGUAGUUUAGUCAUAAAGUUUAGUUUUUUUUUUCACGUUGGCUUUUAAACAUGUUCAGCCUUUGUACGGGGAGAUUCGAGGUAACUCUCAGCUGUAUUUUGCUCAUUUCAGACACUCAUUCCUGAUAAUUUUUGCACAAUCCCUGAUAUCUGAAUGGCGAACUGAAUUUUGUUUUUUUUUUCCAUUAUGAUUUAUAGGUCCUUCCACUAAUAAUAGAGUUCAUUCGUGGUCUUCCUUUGGCCGUGUUUUUCGUUAUUUAUCUUAUCACUGACGAUGGUGAUUAUUUGACCAUUGGCCUGCUGAUAUUUUUCUCCAUUUUGUUGCUGUUGACACUGGUGGCCCUGGUACCAACCGGAAGUAGAAAACAUGGAAGACUGGAACGAAUUGCUAGGUAACGUAUUUCUUAACUUCCUUAGUAGCUAUUUUUAAAAUCGGAUGUUACUAAAACGGGGAAUGGUGAACGAGCGCGGGAAACAGGAAAAUGAAAAGUGGGAAUAAAACCUAACUUGAUCCCUAGCCCCAUCAGUAACCUCAUUUAUGAUUAUUACAAGUCUCUGAUUUGUUCCAUUUUUUCAUUGUCGAGUUCCUCAUCUUGUUCCUCGUCCCCCGUUUUUGUAACAUCCCUGAAAAUCGACUCAAAAUUAAAGAAAAAGAUCGAUCGUGCAAAAUUUUCAGCACUUUCAAUGCCUAAAACAUCAAAUUUAACCGCUCAAAUCAGUAGAAAAUGCAAGAAAGCCAAAUCGAGCGCAGAUGGGCAAAAUUGCAGAGGGUUAAAUAAAUUGAUUUGCGUUCGGGUAGAUAAACUACCAAAUCGUCGUCCGAAGAUUAAAGUUUACUGAGUCAGUUUUUAUUUAAAUUUGAACGAUAGAACUGGCUCCUUAACAACUGCUUGUUUAUUUCAAAUUACUUAAUUUAAUACUAUGGGCUCCUUUGAUGGGAAUACACGUAUGUUACCGAGACCAGUCCACAAUAGAUAAAUGUAAUGUUGUCAGCAGUCAAAUAUACAAUAUAACUUUUACUUUGUCGGUAACUCACUCCAAAGAUGCGUGCAAUUCUUUACAAAGGUGGCUGACUGUCAACGUUUAUUACGUCAACUUCAUCCGCAACGCAAUGAAAAUUGCUAACGAAGGUCCCAGUCCCCCAGCGGUCCUGUCUCUUAGUGACGGAGGCCACAUUGAAAACUUGGGCAUUCUUCCAUUGUUGAAAUUAAGACUGAAGAAAAUCGUGUCGGUGGACGGAAGUCGCACCAUCUUGGACGAAGACUAUGGAAGUUCUCUUAUGACAGCUUUAGAUUUGGCCAGAAGAAAACUUGGUUGCUCAUUUUCGGGGAUGGAUGGACGGGAUAUUGCAGAGGAUAUACGGGAUAACUUCGUGGAAAGAAGAUUAGGAUCGCAACCUAGAAGCUACAGGUCAAUUUCGUAGUUAACACAACUUUAUAAAAUUGGUACUUCUGAUAAGAGAAUCCAAUCCACUUUUUAAAUUAAAUUAACCUCCCCAAAGAGACUCUCUAUCUGAAUUAAAUGUCUCUUCUUAGUUAUACCUGGCUAUGAAAGUGCUAGUUAGUCUUACUUAGUAUACUAGUAACUUCACCAACAAAUUUAACCCUUUCACUGCCAAAUAUGACCAAAGGCAAAUUCGACAAAAAUCCCAAAUUUCAUUUUGUAAAUUUUUUUAAAACAAAUGACACCACAUGAACGUACUUCCAAAGAGGUUUCAUUUGAAUGGUCGCACCAUAGGAUUUUGUCCACAGAAUCAAAAGUUAGAACUACAUACUAAAUAAAUAGUACCGUGUGAAAGUACUGCUGAAGAGGUUUCAUUUGAAUGGUCGCACCAUAGGAUUUUGUCCACAGACGUAAAAGUUAGAACCACCUCACAAAACUUCAUCAUCCACUCUGACAGUGAAAGGGUUAAUAGGAAGAAUUGACCACCAAAAUUACUUUCAAAACUGAUGCUUUUAACGCUAACCCUUUGCUAGUACGUCCAAUUCGAAUCUCUCUCAGUAUAUAUAUAUAUAUAUAUAGUAAUUAUAAACGAAUUAUUCUCUGCUUUUUGUAACACACAUGCAGGUUUAAAGUGCAUUAUUAUGACAAAAAUCCUAAUGGCGAUGGAAAGACUAGAGUUGGUGAGGGUGAAAUUAUCUAUAUCAGGCCCAGACAUCCUGACAAAGGUUCAACACCGACCCUACGAUGCGAGACAUGGAAUGAUGUCGACAUAGAUCUCGAGAGGAGUCUCUGGGGGACUGGACCUGAGUUAUCCGCCGAGGAAGCUGAUCGACUGACGUUCUGUUGCUGCGAAUGUUGCCAUGGGGACUCAUGUCGUGGCUUUUCCGAGGCGGUGUGCGGAGCUUUUCCACAGCAUGUAACAAUUAAUCAGUGUUUUACUCCAUCCAUGUUCUCGGCUUACCACAGAGAAGGUUACAGAUCCAGCAUGGAGGCUAAAGUAGAGGAGUUUAUGUCCGAUGAAGAUUAUGAUGCUAUAUCAACAGCGUUUGUAGUUUAAAGUAUGUUCACACGAGUAUGAUAUGAGUAUGAUAUGAGACUCUCCAUUUCGAGAUCGGCGUGAAGCACCUUCGAUCCGUUACAGAAGUGGUGCCAAAUUUAUGCACUGUUGUUGUGCACUAUGAGAUGAAGCCGCGUUCCCAAAGCUUAUCAUUUUCUUAAAAUAUUAGCGAAUUGUGCGGGUAGCACGCUAUUUCACUGUUUUUAUGAUUCUUAAAACUGCAUGUCAGAAUAUUUCAAAAACGCUCUCAUACGAUUUCUUCAAACUUUGCCAUAAUGGAGGCAGUUAUGGCAGGUACAUACUCCCUUAAGUGAUUUCCUCAAAAAACUCCUGGUACAGAGAAAUACAACGAUAAAUGAAACACGUAAUGGCGUCAUUACGUUGCCAAGGCGACUCCGAUUGCAAUAAAACCCAGAUCAUAAGAAAUUUUCAUCUUUAUAUAAUACAGCUGUGGUAACCUUUUUUCCAUAUCUUUACUCAUGCCGACGUAGUUAAUGCUCAAACUUGGGAGGUAUCCCCCUCAAAAAAUCCAGUCGAGCCACCUUGAGCUAUCCGGUAUUAUCCGGUAUGGUUUCCUUUUCGGCGCAUGCGCAAAAGGUAUCCGGUGUAUUGAGUGUACAUAGAGUGUACAUAGCCUAAGGACAAUGAGCCAAAUACAUGCAGCAGUCGGCUGCCGCUCAUGACUCUUAAGACCCUUGAAUGAAAUCUCUUGAAAUCGUUUCCGCGGGAGAAAAUCACUGCAAGAAGGAGGGUUUAAAUAGGCUUAUCGAAGGAACCCAUAACGUUCAAUUUUUGUCCGUUUAGACCUCUAGGACCUUUCCAGGAUAGAAAAAAGGGUGGAAUCAUUUUGUUCUACAAAAGACACCUGAAGUUAUAACAAGCAAUAUUGAAACUCUGUACAUUAACAAGUUGUGGCUAGAAAAUAUUAUUCCGUUACCUCUCACAGCAAGGAGCCCAAAAGUGUGACCGCUCUUGAUUUAUUCACAUUCUUUCGUGCAGAUUUAAUCCAAUCAGAAGCCAGCUGGAAACUGUCCUCGACUUCUGAUUGGUUAUUGUCAUCACGAAAGAAUGUGAAUUAAUUAAAGGAGUUAACACUUUUGGGCUCCUUGCUGUAACGACUAUCGCAGGAAAAAAUAACAGAUUCCCAUUUUUGGAUAUUUUAGGGUAUUUAAAGAAGACCCACAAAAAUCCCAAAUUUGGAAGAAUGAGACAAGUCCCAACCAGGGAACUUGGUUGGGAAUUCUCUGUUUGGGACUUGUCUCGCUUUGCCAAAUUUGGGAUUUUUGUGAGUAUUCUUUAAAUACCCUAAAAUAUCCAAUAUUGGGAGUCUGUUAUUUUUUCCUGUGUAUAAGCCUUAAAAUUUCUAUUUUUGGCUGUUUUAAGGCUAACGGUUAACUCCCAUUAACGUAAUGAAAGGGUAGCGGACACGAAAUUCGAUUUCAACGAGCGAAGAGGAGCUAUUGAAUUGAAAGCAAAUGACACCAUUGCGGUUCGAAGGCAGACCAGAACAAUAAGCUUCGAUCGAGUGAACCAUUCAAUUCUCUCCCAGUUUCUUUUUCCUUUUUUGCUUAGAGAUCUGCGAGCACAAAAUGGAUAGCGCUCAGUUCUCAUUACUGUGGUCAAAUUAUAAUUUACAAGCUUAAUUUCAGAUUAAAAUAAUUUUAUUUAAUAUCCCAUGGGUUCAUCAAUACAGUUUCUUAAAAAUUCAAUACCUUUAUUAAUUCAACAGUUGCAGCUUAAUAUAUUUUUAUAGAACAUAUAGCUUACAGUCCAAUAUUCCACAUUCUUUAUGUUGCUUAUCCUUUCAGCUUCUUUACAUUACAUAAAGCUUAUAAUGUAUAACGUUGUAUACAUUAACCAAAUCUCAUUCACUUUAGACGCAAAACAAAUGUCUACCCUCAAACAGAAAUAUUCUUGAACUGAGUUUUAAUGUUUAUAUGACAUCAACAAUGAAUAUAUAUAUUUUAUUUUUAUCACAAACACCAG